CAAUCCCCAGCUAUCGAGCCAUUUGAGUUACCCCAUCAAAGUCUACAACCCUCCCACUCAAUUGUUAAAUAUCGCUCUUUGCCCACUGUCCAGUCGAUCAGUUAGCUAGCAAACCCACCAUGAUGACCAUCGCCAGUCUCUUCAAAGCCUUCUUUUUACUCGGAAUCACCCUGUUAGCCACUGGUCCUGUUACCAAUGCACAGAGUGCCGCUGAAAGGUUCGAGAAAUUGCCAGCUUGUGCUAAGCUUUGCAUCGUGACGGCCUACUCGGCUAUGAACAAUGCAUGUGCCCAGACCGACGCGGCAUGCUUUUGCAAAAAUAACGCGUUCAUAACUACCAGUGGCGACUGCUACACCAGCUCUUGCAAAGGCGAUGACCUAGCCACCGCGCGUGCUUGGGGAAUCAGCAGUUGCGCCCAAGUAGGCGUGACCUUGCAUGCGCCAGCUUCGACCAACGCUACCACUCCGAACUCUGCAAACACUACCACAGCUUCUUCUGGCAACACCACCACAGCUUCUUCUGGCAGUUCCACUCCUGCCCAAGACGCGAAAUCCUCAGCUAGCUUGGUUGCCUCUUCCAUCGGCUUCCUCUUCUGCUCUUCAAUGGCAAUCUUUUUGAACAUGUAAAACGUUGUGUUGAUCUCGCGCGUGUUUGCUAUUGUCGUCCUACCAUUACCCACAGUCAUUACUUGAAAUAUCAUAUUCUCAUCCCAAUCUGAUCUUACCAUAUCGCA